AUGAACGCAGUUGGCCUCCACAUGCCCCCUGCCCCUCAGGGCACAAUCCUACCAGGGACGACCAUCCAACUCGGAAGGUUCACCGUUGUCGUCGACAAGUACAUCGCCGAAGGAGGGUUCGCCCACGUCUACGUCGGCUCCAUCCUCAACAAUGGCGUCAUCGUCUCUGGGUUUCCAGUUGUUAUUAAACGGAUCGCUGUUGCAGACAAGGAGCGCCUUGCGGUUGUAAACUCGGAGAUUGAGACUAUGAAACGUCUUGGGAAGCACAAGAAUAUUGUCGAGUACAUGGAUUCGUGCAUGGGAAAGCUGGAGCAUGGAGGAUACGAGGUCCUUAUUCUCAUGGAGUACUGUGGAGGUGGACCGGUCAUCGAUCUCAUGAAUAGGAGACUACAACACCGUCUGACCGAGCCAGAGAUUCUCAAGAUUUUUUCGAACGUCUGCGAGAGCGACGUCGGACAAUACGACAUGGAUAUGGAACCGACACAACCAGGACACGAGGAGAAGGACGAGGAGCGUAUGCAAGCUGUGGCGUAUCUCCACUACUGCGACCCACCCAUUCUUCAUCGGGACAUCAAAGUCGAAAACAUCCUCCUCUCCAACAACGACUACAAGCUGUGUGAUUUCGGAUCGGCCACCACCAACAUCCUCCGAGGUGACAAUAUACCCAGGAACGUCAAGGACAUCCAAUUGCUCGAGGAGGAGAUCAACAACCACACCACCCUCCAAUACCGUGCCCCGGAGAUGCUGGAUCUUUACAUGCGCAAGGGCAUCGAUGAGAAGAUCGAUAUCUGGGCCUUGGGAGUGCUUUUGUACAAGCUGUGCUAUUACACGACGCCAUUCGAGGAACAAGGUCAAUUGGCCAUCUUAAACGCUCGGUACACCAUCCCCGACCACCCAGUCUUUUCACCAGCACUCAUCGGUCUCUUUCAAUCGAUGCUCAAAGAGGAUCCAAGGCAACGGCCCAACAUCUACCAAGUCACGAAGAUGACUUCUACCUUGCGAGGGUUGACCUGCCCCAUUCAAAACAAAUACCCUGAUAUAAUGUUGGCACCGUCAGCACCGGAGACAAGUGCAACUGCCAACAUUCUCAGCCAUCAAGCCGUUGUGCGACCUAUGGACGUCCUUCCUUCGAUUGAGCCCAUGCGUCGUGGUCGCCCCACACGGUCACCAGUUCCCACUACGCCAGCGAUGACAUCCAACGACAACUACACAAACACCUUCCCAUCGACUACAACCGCCCACCCUAGCGAUUUCGGCGCAGGAUUUGAUGACUCCUUUGGACAGUUUACGCAGUCGGACCCGGCAUCUCAGUUCUCAAAGAUCAUUCCCACAGGCGACGCUUUCGACUUUGGCGGUUCAUCAUCAUCGCCUGCCAACAGCAGUAGCAACACUCAAGCCAAGCGCUCGACAUUUGAUUUCCAGUCUGCAAACGGAACCAAUGGCACAGACGAGUUUGGAUUUGAAUUGCCUUCGACCUCGGGUGAUCAUCUCCACCCAGAGCCUCAGUCCGUCAGCGAUCGCUUCAAGAUGCCCACGCAGCUGUCAGGAAACAGUCAAGGAUUUGCUGCCAAAACUCCUUCAAGUGCUGCACCAAAGGCCAAACCAACGGCCAACGACUUGUUUUUUGGAUCGUCUGCCGGUAUCAAGUUUGAGGACAUGGAUUCGGGAUCUCGCUCUGAUUUGCCAGCCUCGUUCAGUAGCACCCAGCCUACCACUGUCGGACUUUCGUCGCCUACGUCCAACAUUGGAUCUUCUGGAAUCCCCAAGCCCCUUCUUGGAUCUCGUCUGCCCAGUCAAAAUACUACACCCAAGCCCUAUCAAUCGUACCAGUCGCCCAACCCACCCCUGAGCAGAAGUGUUCAUUCGGACGGUACAGGAAACUCUCGAGCUGGCUUUUCUGGAAUGACAUCGCCCAAUGUCCCUCCUCGGGCUACUAGUGGUAUGGGAUCCUCCGGCACUGCUGGUCAAGGAGUGGAUUUAUUGACGACAAAGAUGGAGAGUAUGGACCUUCUUCAACGACAGCGGCUGGAUCAGCUGGGGCAGUUUGGUGUUGAGCCCGCUGGAAUGCUGAGUGCCCAAAACACUCAGGGUAAGGCGCGUGUGUCGGACCCUAACAGGACACUGGAUGGUCUUCGGUCAAUGGAUGCUGGGUCAUGGACUGGGUCAAGCGCAGGAUCAGUUGUCGCUCCACCCUUGGCACCACGCCCUCAGUUGUCGGCGUCAUCUAUCACAUCGCCCAACCCAGAGCUGGCUCCACUGGACCGCAGCAACUUGGCCAAGCGUGAUAUGGAUGCCGAACUCAAAUUGAUCCAGCUGCAGCAGAAAGAGUUUGAGAGACAGCAGCAAGAAUUGAUUCAGCUGCAGCGAGUCCAAUUGGAGGAGCAACAACGUCAACACCGCCAGCAGCAGGAGCAACUCCAGAAACAGCAACAGCAACAGAUUCAGCUUCAGCAUGAGAAAUGGCAGGAGCGUAACCGGAUGUUGAAAGAACAGGAGCAGUUGUCACAGAAACAGUUGACGCAGCAGCAGGAUCUUCAGCAGCAGCACCAAACUCAGCAGAGGCAACAGCAACAACAUCAGCAGCAACAGCAGCAACAAUACCUCCACCCUGCUGUGGCGAGUGUUGGAGAUUCGGUGGGCAGCAACAACAGCAACAGCAACAGCAGUAGCACCAGCACACCGUCCUCUGCUAAUGCCUACAGGCAGUCGUAUGCGGGACCUUCUUCUGCGAUCGGCACGCCUUCCUUGGCUGAGCGUUUUACUUCUCUCCCCAGGAGUAGUCUGGAUGAGCAUGAGCGGUACAAGGCCCCAACAUCUCAGUCGUCUAACCAGAGUUCACUCGCUGGCUCUGAUGCUUCGACCCCCACGGUGCCAGUCAAGUCUGCCCGCAGGACAGGAGUGAAUGGUGGUGCUAGCACUGCGCCUCUCAAGGUUGCCCGCCGCACCUCGUUCAACAGCAACGUCCCACCUGGUCAAAAACCCGAGUUGCUGCCCAAGCCUACACGGUUCAGGAUGAAGGACGGAACUGGAACCCUCAUGACUGGAGAAGAGGAGGCGUUCAAGAGAAAGUUCCCUAGCGCCGAUAUGGAUGACGACCUGAUGCAGUUCCAAACACCAGUCACAGCAGCACCGGCAGCCGCAGCACCCGUUUCGUCGCCUUACUAUGCCUCCAAUGAGAGCUUGCCUGUAUCGUCUGCCGGAUAUGGACGCGCGAGCCCCGCGCCUUCUUCAUAUGGUCGCACUACCGCCGUUGGUGCCGGAAACAACAACUCCCAGUACACGUCACCCUCUCAACGCGCUCGGGAGAUGACACAGCAGCCACCACAGAGACAGCAGGAUGAGGAGGACGAGGAAGAGGAUGAGCCAUUGGUGAGGUCUCGUCGUCGUCAUCAGACCACGCCAUCCGGACCUACAGCAGCUGCACCCGGCGCGAAGACAGAAAUGGAGGAUGGUGGAGAGGCGGAAGGAACGCCGAUGGAGUCUGUUCGGGAAAGAGUGCUGAGGAUGAACCGUGUUGGACGUGUCGUGUAA